GUUAUAUCCAUUUGUUAUGCUUAGCUAGUUACCGCUAGAUACUGACCGUGAAAUGUAUAAUGCAAAACAUUAAAUUACGUAUAUUAUAAGAGUUUGACGACGUUUAUUGUAGUGUCAUUCAAUUAUCACAUGAACGGAUGAAUUCUAAAAAAAUACAUGAUUCUAACACAUACUAAUCUUCAAAUUCCAGAUUACUUGGACAUCUGUGAUAAUACCUCUGAAAAAUAAUGGCAGCAGUUGUAAAUAACAUAGCGAACAUAAGAAGAAUGCUUGUUGGUGUCAGAGCGCCAGACACAUGUGAUAAACCAAAAAUGGCCAACUUUUUAACAUGCUUGGUACAUCAUUUCUCACCCACUCAGAAAUCAGCAACGAUAAAUUGUAAGAUUCAAGAUGAUAUGCUGGUGCUAUACUCUCCACAUGAUGGGAACAAGUUGGGUGAUAAAGAUGAAGAAAGUACAGGAACAGUUAAUGGUACUGAAUUGGAAUCUGUGACACUUUACCAUUCACCAGAAUGCCCACUUUGGAAACUACAACAAUGUAGCACACCUGUAACACCAUCACAAAACAGAGGGAUUUAUGUUGGAGUUGCAGUUCUUGUGGAAUCAUCCGAUUCACAUGUUCUAAUGACUCAGCGUUGUGACCACCUGCGUACUUUUCCUAGGGCAUGGGUACCACCUGGGGGACACCUAGAAGUUGGAGAAUCAAUCAUGCAUGGUGCAUUACGAGAAUUAGAAGAGGAGGCAGGACUUGUGUUGGAUCCCAGAAACACUAACACUCAUUUGAUUUGUCUUUGGGAGUCUGCAUUUCCACCCCUGAUAACACUGGGUGAGCCUAAGAGUCAUCACGUUGUCCUUUACUUCCAUUCAAAAUGCCAGGAAACAUGGAAGCAGUUACAAGCUAAAAUAAAACUUGACCCUAAGGAGGUGAAAGCUUGCACAUGGCUGUCACGAGCUAAUGUACAAUCAUUAAGAUCGGGACAGAAUAGCGACAAAAAAAUACAGCAGUUUGUUGUUGGAGAAGAUGGAGAGAUCCGUCCAGCAGAACUGGAUGUCCAUGGAAUGUUCCACACUGCCCUCUGGCAGGAUGGGGAGAUUUACACGGGAUCACAGUUGGCACUCACAAAGUGGUUGGAACAUUGGACAGAAACACCAAACAGAACAAUUUCCAGCAAGAUGUAAACAGUCAUGGCCCAAGAUGUUCAUCAUAAUAUAGCUUUGAAAGUUAUUUCAAAACAUAGUUGUGGCUUUAAAGAACUCUGCAAAUAGCCUACACAUUUAAUAUCAGAGUUUUAUUAUUAUUUGGCCAACACAGUCCUGGUAUAAAUACACUGUGUUUGCAUGUACUCCCGAUGUGUAAAUACUGGCCCGUGUAGGGAGGUACAUCAGAAAGAAAGAAGGGUGAUUGUAAAAGCUUGAUGUACCUGAUGAUGGCCACAAUAGGCCAAAACAUGUAGUACAUGCAAACACACAUAAUAAUAAACAUUAUUUUACACACAAUAUGAUACAGCAUAUUAUUUCUAAUAUCUGAUUGCUGAUAUGAAGUUAGAAAUGUUGUGGCAAUGCAUCAGUGCAAAAAAUUAUCUCAGUUAAUAAGGUCUGAUAGACCAACAUUAAUUCUUUGUCAUUAUGAUGAGGAAAAGUAAACAUUACUUAAGAAUGGCUAAAGGUGGUUUCAUAAAACAUCCAAGUGCUUAGAAGCAAAGAACAAGAAACUUAUAAACUGGAUUCUUAAGUGAAACUGUUGAAGCUACAGCCAUUUUGAGUGUGUCAGUCUAUGCAGAAGGUACAGUGACUGUCAAAUCAAUUGUAUGGAUAAGUAUGUAUUUCCAUAUGAAGAGUAUGGUCUUCUGACUUGUAACGCUGUAUAGUUUGGAGACAGCCUGGUGUUUCACAGGAACGUAUCAUCUCCAUCUUCAGGACUGAACAAUAAGCCAAGCAAGAAACCCAUAAGACCAUACAUUUCAUAGUCGUUACCAUAAAAACCUCAAACACAACAUGUAUUCCUUCCAUAUGUUCACAUAAGAGCAGAUCAAAAGAACUUACGAUUUUACUUCAA